AUGGCUGGCGAAGCAUUGAAAAAGAAGUAUGAACAUUUACUGGUUCGUGAAAUGUUUGGGAAUCGUUCUGUGUGCACGCGUAGUAACGUAGCGCGGGUCAAAACGACACGCACGCGACGACGACGAAAGCAAAAUCUGUCGAUAGUCGCGGACGACAUCAAAACCGAAAGAGUCAAAUACGUUCUACCCGAAAAUAACCAUGACGAUGCAGUCAAAAAUACUACGUCACCUUUGUACUGUAGUAAAAAAUCAGAGGAACCUAACCGUUGUUCUGGAUUGGUGGAGGAGGAGAAUGCAAAACACGGCGAUUGUAUUGCUUGCAACAAAGAUCAUGAAAAUCCUAAAAGCGAGCCAAGUGAAGCAAUAGCCGGACAUUUUCUCGAGAAAACACCAUUCCAUUCCGAUUAUGAACGUUCUUACUAUGAUUCCCGAAAGCUGAUCCCGGGUAAAGUACCUCAUUGA